AGCCGCUCGCAGCCGCUCUCCUCCCCGAUCUUUUGCGCGCCCCCCCCGUCUGUCUUCUUGAGGGCGAUGCUGCGCGCCCUUGCCCGGCCGCUGUGCCGCUCGGCCCUGCCGCGCGUGGCCCUGACCGCCAGCCGCCCCGCCGCCCCUCAUGCGCCGGCGGCCGUGGCUUGCCGCGCGCUGGCCGCGAAGGCCGGGCAGAAGCCCAAGGUGGAGGACGGUACCCUGGAGGGGCGCUACGCGACCGCCCUCUUCAUGGCCACCUCUGACCGCUCCGAGAAGGUGUACCAAGACCUUGUCGGAAUCAGGGACAUGAUGAAGGAGUCCCCGCAGUUUAAGCUCCUGAUCGAGACGCCUGGCAUCGAGGGCGACGCCAAGGUGAAGGCCCUGGACGCGAUUGUCCAGAAGAUCAAGGCCGAUCCAGCCAUCCUCAACUUCAUGAAGGUGCUUAUCGAGAACAAGCGGCUGUACUUGCUGUCCAGGAUGAUCGAUCUCUACGAGACCUUCUACCGCGCGGAGAAGGGCUUGGUGCUCUGCAAGGUCACCUCCGCGGAGGCUCUCACAAGCAAGCAGCAGGCUGCCGUGAAGGCCGCCAUGGAGAAGCGCGCCGAGAAGGGCUCCACACUCCUCAUGGAGUACACCACGAACCCCGCGAUCCUCGGAGGGCUGGUCGUGAAGAUGGGCGAGGCGGUGCUGGACCAGUCCGUCUCGACGCGCCUGGAGCGGCUUCAGACGCAGCUGCUCGCCCCGGUGCUCAGCUGAGCGGCUGCGACGUAGUGGCAGAGCUCCGGUGCCACCACCAGACGCAGGGGCAGCGCGGCGUGUCGCAUCUGUUUUGGUAUCAGCACUGGGCAGUCCACAGUCUCUCCUGGUUCCUCACCAUCCGUCUCAGUAUCCAUAUCUCGCUCAGUAUCCGUAUCUCCGCCUUUAUCUUGCUGGAGCUGGAGGUGUCGUCGAUCGGUUGCACUUUCGGAAA